CGUCAGAAACGCGAGGCGACAUGAUCAAGGCCGUGCUGAUCAUCAACAAUCAAGGGAAGGCUCGUUUCGCACGCUUCUACGCGAACAUCAGCGGGGAGAGGCAGCAACAUAUAAUCCGGCACUCGUUUGAAGCUGUGGCCUCUCGCCCACCCACUUGGUCUAAUAUCAUUGAGGACUCCAGCAGGUUCGGCAAGAACAUCAAGCUGGUGUACCGCACGUUCGCUACGCUCUACUUCAUCUUCCUCAUUGACAGAGCCGAGAACGAGCUGGCUGUGCUGGACCUUAUCCAUGUGUUUGUGGAGUCGUUGGAUCGCUGCUACAAGAACGUGUGUGAGCUGGACAUAGUCUUCAACUUCACCAAGGUGCAUCAGAUUCUGAACGAGAUUGUGAUUGGAGGGCAGGUGCUAGAGGUGACAGUGGAUGAGGUGCAUCGAGCCGUGCAGGAGAUAGAGAGGCUUGAGCGGAAGCCAGACACGCCAGCAACACAGCUGCGGCCCAGGGGCGCUCCUCUGCUCUCCUGA